GACCUUUGCCCGGCGGCGCGCUGGUACGUCACGGGCUGCGCUCAGUCGAAGAUGGCGGCCUCCCUGUGCAGCCGAGGGCUCGGGCCGUGGGUGCUUUCCCGGAGCCGCGCGCUGCCGUGUGCCUGGCGCGCCCUGCACGUCUCCGCCGCGUGCGCCAAGAAUCGGGCGGCCCGGGUCCGAGUGGGCAAAGGGGACAAACCGGUGACCUACGAGGAAGCGCACGCGCCUCAUCACAUCGCCCACCGCAAAGGCUGGCUGUCGCUGCACACAGGGAACCUGGAUGGGCAGGACCACGCCGCAGAGCGCACGGUGGAGGAUGUUUUUCUUCGCAAGUUCAUGCUGGGCACCUUCCCCGGCUGCCUGGCCGACCAGCUCGUCCUGAAGCGCCGGGCCAACCAGGUGGAGAUCUGCGCGCUGGUCCUGAGGCAGCUGCCUGCGCACAAGUUCUACUUCCUCGUGGGCUACAGCGAGGCCCUGCUGUCCCACUUCUACAAGUGCCCCGUGCGUGUGCACCUCCAGACGGUGCCCUCGAAGGUCGUGUACAAGUACAUCUAGGACGCGCGUCUUCUCGGCAUCAGGCCCCAGCCCGCAAAGCACAGACGCGUGCGGGAAGGGUGAGGUGGACAUGGGGAGGCACAGCCCUCAGAGCCCACAGACGUCACCCUCACAGCCGCUGCUGAGUGACGGACCGCCCCUGUCGUCCGGCCCCUCGGUCCGCCUCCGCCCUCCUGGGAGCAGACUCAGACAGGGUUUCGCUGAGGCCGCUCGGGGGCCCAGGAAGGGCCACUGACGACGUGCUGUCGUGGCAUCUCUCAGGCAUGUGGAGAGUGCGGGUCGCUGCAGCCCCACAGCUGUCGCCCGGGUCUCAGGUGCUACUUCAUCUCACACAGCUGAGACUUGAACCCUGGACCCUCAUCUCCUGUCCCCUCCCCCUGCGCCUGGCGACCAGCACCUGCUCUGCUUCUUGGUCAGCUGCUGCUGGCGCCACGUGACAGUGGGGUUGCGCCCUGUCUGUCGUUCUGGGUUGGGCUCAUUCCAUUUACCAUGCUGUGCUCCGGUUUAUCCACGCCCCAGUGGAAGGACGUCCUUUGUCGGGGCUGAGUGACAUUCUGUUGUGUGCGUGUGCCACCCACGGAUGGGCAGGUGGGCUGCUCCCACGUCCUGGCCACCGUGAAUGACGCUGACAUGAACUUGCGGGUGUGCACGUGUGUCUGCAGUGCCGGUUCCACUUCUUCCGGGGAAACCCCCAGUGGAGGACGUGCUGGGUCACGCGGUGGACCUGGUUUUGGUUUCUGAGGAAACUCCAGCCUGUCUGCCGCAGGCCGCUCUGAGUCACGUCCCUCCCAACAGCGUGUGAGAGGCUCCCUUUUCCCUGCAGUGCGCAUUUUGUUUCCAAUGUGGGGAGAUCAGUGAUGCCUCCAGGAACCUCCCUGUAGGUUCCUCCUGGAUGUGAGCACUGGACCUCCCAGUGUCGCUGGGUGAGAGGGGCCUGUGGGCGGGAGGGAGCCGCACUCUGCAGUGGAAGCUGAGGCUGUGGGGUCAGACGCGGCCCGAGGGAGGGGCAGGGAGGCACAUCCGCUGCAGCUCCUCACGGCCCGGAGGUGUGGGCAGCCUGGCUCUGGGCAGGAGGAGUCUGGCUUGAGGGCUGUGUUCCAGGCCGGCGGUUUCAGUGUCUGGUGUGUCAGGGGCCUCCCUGCAGUUUUCUGAGCGGCCAGCCUGUGUCCUUCCCGCUCUGCAACUGGUUCCUUGGUGCUGGCGGAUACCCGCUCUGCUGCAGAUGCACAGCCACCCUGAAGACACCUGCCUCAUGUGCUGUCCAAGUGGGAAACCCCUGAACUGGGUGCCCCCGGUUAAAUCAGUUUAAGUUACUCUUCCAUGUUCACCCACCUGGUCAUCAUUUCAGCCUGGCGUCCCUUGUGUAUGGAGGACCGAGCUCUCUCAGGAUGAAGCCCAGUGGUUUGAGCUUUUCUCUCUGCCCUUCCUGCCCUUCCACCUGAUUGUGACCUAGAAAUGAAUUGGAAACUCAUUUGUACCUUUUGCUGCAGCUAGGGAGAUGGUUAAAUCCACAAUUAAGCAUGUAAAUAAAUGUGUACGUCUAGAAUGGUA